AGUUGUUAGUGGUCGCCACAGUAGAAUGAAUUCUGGGCGUCGUGGAAUUUGUGGAUACUGGAAUUCUGGGCAUCGUAGAAUUAAUUCUGGGCGUUGUGGAAUUUGCGUAGUCGAGAAUAAGAAUGCUGAUAGGUUGGCCAAAAAAGGUGCAACAAUUAGCAUGCAUGAAAAGAAAAAAUUAUCACC